AUGUUCUCCCAACGGCGCCUCCGCCUGCUCCUGGUCACCGUGGUCGCGGUUCUCUUUCUGACAUUCUACUACUCGGGCGAUGCACGCAAGGUCCAGAACCAAACAUUUUACCAAACCACGCUCUCGGCCAUGAAGGCACAGGAGGCCGCACGACAGGCACGAGCACAGGCUGAGAGCGCGCCCAUGCACCGGCCGGACGACAGUCUCGACGGAACAGUGGAGAAGCCGGCUGUGCCUGUUGCUCAGGGGAAGGGCGAAGACAUGGAAGAGAUCUCUAUUGCGGGACGGACGAAGAUCCAGGUCUCGAAGAACCGCGGAAGUGAUGCGAACGAGGACACGUCCGCGGAUUCGGAGGAGCAAAAGGCCGCGGUUGCUGCGAAGGAGGAGCUGGAUACGAUUCUGAAGCAGGCACCUGUGAUUAUCUUCUCCAAAUCGUACUGUCCGUACAGCAAGAAGGCCAAGUCGAUCCUGCUCGAAAAAUACGACAUCUCCCCAAGACCAUAUGUGGUCGAACUCGACAACCACCGGAUCGGCAAGGAUCUCCAGGACCUGCUGGGGGAGACGACCGGGCGGAAAACGGUGCCGAAUGUGAUGGUGAACGGGAUGAGUAUUGGGGGAGGGGAUGAGAUUGGCGCAUUGGACCAGAGCGACGAGCUGGCCUCAAAGCUGCAGAUGAAGCUUCACAUUCGUUCGCGGGUCGUGACCGUCGAGGGCCCCCGCGGCAAGCUGGUCAAGGACCUGUCCCACCUGGCCGUCACCUUCGGCCGCCCCGAGAAGAACGUCAUCUCGAUCGAGCUGCACCACGGUAUCCGCAAGGGUGUCGCUACCCUGCGCACCGUCCGCACCAUCAUCAACAACCUGAUCAUCGGUGUCACCCGCGGCUUCCUGUACAAGAUGCGCUACGUGUACGCUCACUUUCCCAUCAACGUCAACAUCGAGAAGAACCCCGAGACCGGUGUCGCGGAGAUUGAGAUCCGCAACUUCCUGGGCGAGAAGUACGUGCGCCGCGUGACGGCCCAGCCCGGUGUCGAGAUCAUCACCUCGCCCAACGUCAAGGACGAGCUCCAGCUGUCUGGCAACUCGCUCGAGGGUGUGUCGCAGAGCGCCGCCGACAUUCAGCAGAUCUGCCGUGUCCGGAACAAGGAUAUCCGGAAGUUCCUGGACGGUCUGUACGUGUCGGAGCGGGGCAACAUUAUCGAGGCGUAA